GCCCGACGACGGUCACACCGAAGCGGCGAGCUAAUAAAAAAAAAAUGUAAAUUGUGCAGCAAGUGAAAUUGAAAAGCAAUAUAUUUAAGUGUGUGAUCCGUGUGUGCGCGGAUAACCCGGGAAACUAAAGCCUAAUCGGCGAGCGGGCGACGCCGCCAUUGGCCCCGCCACGCCCCCAUCCGCGCGUGUGAAAAAAACGCGAUGGCCUCCCUACAUUCCAGUUGGCGUUUUGGCAAGCGGAGCAAAUUACAAUUACGCAUUAAAGUUUCGCAGGAUCCGGAGGACUUUUACCGCCUGGACACCCAGCGAUCGGCCGCCGAGAAUGCCUUCGACAUCUACUCGAUGCUCUGCCUGGAGGAGACGCGGGACACCAAGCGGCUCUUCCUGCUCAAUGCGCUGGCCUCGCUCUGUUUGGGGGCCCGCAAGGGCUCCCACCACAGCAACAUACGCUUCAGCACCGAGGAGCUGCUCUACUGCCUGAGUGCCUCACUGGUGCACACCUUCACCCAAGUGCGAGCGGCGGCGCUGCGAACGAUCCGCUAUGCGAUCAGCACGCCCAAGGACAUCAAGACCUUCAAUGACCUGCAGCUGCAGCAUCUCCUGUGCCGCUCCAUCGAUCUGAUGCUGAAGAACGACGACGAGCGCGUCCAGGCCUUGAAGCUGGUGCGCAAGAUGCUGGCCAUUGCACCGGAGGACAUCAGUCCGGCGGUGGUGCGUUGCCUUGUCUCGCUGGCCGACAGCGGGAUCGAGGAGAACGACAAUCUGCUGCGCGCCUGCCUGGCCACCUUGGCCGAGUUCGCUGUCCUCAAUCCGGCGCUGCUCAUCGUCUGCGGCGGCGUUACCUCCAUCACACGCAACGUGCUGGAGUGCCACAAUCCCCGGAUAGCCGAGAGCCUCUGCGGCGUGCUGCUCUACCUACUCGAAUGGCCGCAGACGAGGAACAUUUGCGGUGUGCGGCUGGAUUGCCUGGCGGCUCCUUACUGCGAUUUUACCUACAGGCUGGGGAUAAUGGAUAAAAACAAAGAUGCGCGUGAACUUCGCUACACCAGCUGUCGACUGGCUCUUUUGUCCGUGCUGCGCAGCUGGACGGGCACCCUCGAAUUCUGUGAUCCCAGCAAACCCUCAGGCCUGAAAGCAAUAGUCGACGCUCUGUAUUUAAAUCAGAUCGAAGUUAGAAAAGCAAUACUGGACUUGCUGUACGAGCUGCUCUCGCUGCCGCAGCCCACGUGGACGGAUGACUAUGCGGUGGCGCUGCAGGCCGUGGAUCCGUCGGACUUCCAGGCCUCCUGGCUGCUCAGCAAUGGCUUCGUCUCCGCCGAGGGUCGCUCCAUUCUGCCCACGCUGGCGGCCCGUGCGCCCAGCGUUGUGGAGCAGCACCUUUCGCUGAUGCUCUACUGUUUCCUCGAAACCGGACUGCUCAAUGCGCUCGUCGAGGUGGCCGUGGCCAGCGAUCAGUUCGUCUCCGUGCAGGCCACGGUGCUGAUUGGCAAGAUCCUGCAGCUGAUGCACACACAUUUGCCGCCGGAUAUUUGCUGCACCAGUCCCGCGCUGCCCACCCUGGUGGGCCAUGCCACGCAUGGCAACCAGCAGGCCAAUGCGGCGGUCGCGGCGUUGCAAAACUACCAGAAGAUGCUGCGCCAGCGACCGGCAUCGUGCAGCCUUUUCCUAGACAGCAUUAUCCAGGGCGGCGCCCUCAUCCAGACGCGUCUCUUUCGCCGCCACCUCAACGUGCAGGAGCAGGCGGGCGGUCCGGUGCUCCAGCUGCAGGAUACGGCCGAAGCGGCCGCCUCGGCAGUGCCGCCCGCCUCGGGACCCUUUCGGGCCACCCUCGAUCGCUAUCGCCUGGACUCUGUGUCGUCCAGCGACGAGUCCAACUCACAGGCCUCGACCUCGUCGAGGUCCAGUUUUCGACUGAAGCGAAAGUUCCUGCCGCAAGCCUUCUUCGAUAACUUUCGAGCGUUCAAUAGGCUGCUCACCGAUUCCCGGGUGCUGAGCCAAGCGGAUGCUCAUCUCUGGGACUGGGAUGUUAUCACCACAAUACUUAAGUCAAAUUUAAUCCGAAAACUGGACUACACUCUGGGAAAGUUCCUCAAGCGCCUGGUGGACUUUUACAAGCCGCGCAACAAUCGCUUCUCGCAUCAGGAUUUGGUGCCCGGUCAAAGCCUGCCCACCUAUGUCAGUGCCGGUCUGGAUUUAAUCGAUGUCCUCUUGGGCAGCAACGAGCUGGAAUGCAUGCGAUACAUAACCGACUACUUUUCGGACAUCAGCCAACAACUGGCGGCCGUCACCACAUCGAAUCGCGCCCACGACUGUCUAUUUAGUCCGCAGCACAUGAACAACACGAUGUGUCAGCAGUAUUUCCUCUACAUUGGACGCAUGUGCCGAACGGUUAAGGGCAUUGAAGUGCUUAAAAACACCACCGUAUUUGAAUACCUGAUCAACUUGGUGCGAGUGACGGACCAUGUCUGCUAUGUGAAGCUAAUUGUCUCCGGGCUGAACUACAGCUACGAGAAGCUGCCGCGUCAGGUGCUGGAGAAGGCGCUCACCUCGGCGAAGACGCGCAGCGGCCGCUUGUAUGCCACCCAGUUCAUGGCGGUGCUGCUGCGCGCCCGUCUGCCGCACUUUGAGGUCUGGGGCAUACCGCUGAUCAUCAACCAGACGCGCGACGCGGACCGCAGCGUGGUGCUGGCCGCCAUGGAUGUGCUGGAGGAGGCCUGCCACGAUAAGUACUACCUGGAGGAGAUAGUCAGCCGGUGGCCCAAUCUGACGCAGCGCGGCGAUGCCGGACGCCUGCUGAUGGCCCGCUAUUACUCACUGCCACGCGGCCUGAACAGCACGAUGGCGCGGAUAGAGGAGGAGAUUCGGUACUGGCGGAACGGGUACAACAAGCGAUACGUGCUCCUGGUCGAGGCGGAUACCCACUCCAGCCUGACGCUGCACAUCCGCAACGAGGAUGGCUACUACUCGCGGCGCAACUGCAACCAGCGACCGCAGACCGUGCCGCCGAACAUUGCGCCCCAUUUGUACGGCCAGAUGGCGCAGACGGGCCAGGGAAUGAAUGCGCUGAGGAAGCACGGCGAUCUGCCGCAGCUCCUGGAGCUGCUCACCCGCGCCAAAUGCACCGACGAUGCCGAGUGCCUGGAACUGAAGGCGGCCAUUUGGGCCCUGGCCCACGCCUCGACGCAUGCCAAUGGAAUUGAAUACUUUGUGGAACUGAAUGCCAGACUUUACGAGAAGUUAAUCGUACUGGUGACCAAGUGCGAAGUAUAUUCGGUGCGAGCCACCUGUUUUAGUGCCUUAGGACUCAUCGCCGGCACCCAAGCAGGAGCCAAUAUUCUUUUUAAAUUGAACUGGCUGAGCGUGCGGCAUGACAAGAACACCAUGUGGCCAGUGCAUCAGCCGGAGGAUUGGAUGUCCAGCCAGUAUACGCCCGUGCGACAUUACUACGAGGACGUGCCGGCGGACAACAUGACCAUGAUGGAGGAAUAUAUCGAGAGGUUCUACGACACGGGCUCCUUCUAUUGGAACCUGCUCGCCGACCAGACGGAUGCGAGUGGCGCCGGCGGAGUGACCGUGGCGGGGAGCGCCGUCGGUGGUGUACAUCCCACGGUGCAGGAUCCGAAUACAACGGCCACGACCACCGCAACGGACGAUGUGCAUCCCAGACUGUUGCCCGGCCUGGUCGGAGUGGCGGCCAAAUCGAAGACCCUGCCGGAGGGCAGCAAUCUGCGCCAGGGCAAGCACCAGCGCUCGCUCUCCGAAUCCAAGACUACGGAUGUGAUCAGCCUGCUCGGCGGAGGAGUGGGAGGAGUAGGAGUUGGAGGAGCCACCACAAUGCCGAUGGGAUCGGGAUCGGGAACGGGUCUCUAUCCCACGCCGUAUCAGCACCGCAUACGCUACAACUCGUGCACGGAUUCCAACACCUCUGGCGUCAGCAGUUGCGAAUCGGUGACCGGACGCACUGCAGCUGCGGCCGCCGCAGCAGCGGCCAAUGAUUUCCAGCAGUUCCCGCUGAGUCCCAUACCCAGCAUGUCCAAUCUGCUGGAGAGCGACGAGCUGAUGCGACGCCAUCAGCUGGCCACCAGUCUGCUGCCCUCCACGCUCAGUCCGAUGGCCAUGAAAGGCUAUGCCCAGUUGCGCUCCCUGCGCGCCCACAGUCGCCCCGUCUUCUCCGAGUCGUCGGCGGAGUUCUACGACUUUGCGGAGAUCAUGGACACCACCACCACCACUCCCGCCGAGGUGCAGAUGCGCCGGCCCGACUGGACGCAUCCGCAUCGUCGGCUCAAGGUGCGCAGCUUGGAUCGCCAGCCCAAGCUGAAUGAUUUCUACAGACGCCUCUCCGCCGACGAGUUGAACGUGCUACUGCCCACGCUGAAUGCUCCCAAGUUUCUGCCCCAGAACGAUCUGCAGGGCCCGUGCUAUGCGGGCAUCUGUUUGCCCAAGAACGUCCUCGAUCUGUUUCCCACGCGCAACCUCAGUCGCACGUAUGUGUCGCGCGACAUCCAGGACCAGGAUCUGGUGGGCAUCAAUCUGCUGGGCAGCAUGGGACGGCAGCAGUUCCUCAACGACUCGCUGACCAACGAGGGCGGCGACGAGUCCUCGGUGAUAUCAUCGCUGUCGGACGUCUCGUCCGCCAGUCGCCGGCAGCCGCGUCAGUGGCAGCAGGGCGCCGCCAAGCAUGCGCGGAGCCAGUGCCUCCAUUGUGCCAGGUCGCCAAGACAGCAGCCCCGCCACGACAGCGGUGGGCAGAGUAACGGCGGCGGAGGCGCCUCUCUGGCACCCUGCGAACUCUACAGCAGUGCAGCGGCCGCUCUUGUGGCGGCCGGCAUUCAGGCGGGACCAGUUUUGGCCAAGAAGAGUAGUGCAUCCGCUUCGGCGGCGCUUGGCGGCGACAUCAGCUUCCAUUCGCCGGAGAGCAUGCUGAGCGAAGAUAGCCUGCCGGACAGGCUGACGGCCUCCAUUCUGUACAACGUGCAGCGCCUGGCCAAUCCCGUCAGUGCCAAGCAGUCGAAGAUGGCGCUGCUGGAGCUGAAGCAGAAGCAUCCGCACGCCUUUCAGGACAUUUGCCUGUACUCGGAGUCCUGCAAAACGCUGGGCAGGAGCAGCUAUCGCAUGAUUGCCCGCCGCUUCCUGCAGGAGCUCUUUCUGGACCUCAAUUUCGACUCCUUCUACGUGGAGCCGCAGCUAAUAAUUGGGGCACGGGGCAAAUUUCCCGCCGAGGAGAAGCCCGAGGCCACGCCGCCCACGGCCAUGCAGGCCAUGCCGUUCAAGCAGAUGAUUCUCAAGCCCAAGCCGCCGGCCCAGCUGGCCAGCGUGUACGAGACCAGUUGGGAGAACCUGCUGAUGGACCAGUCGCCGCGUAUUAACAAGGCAUCGCCCGCCGCUCCGACCAAUGCGAAUGCGAAUGCCAGUGCCCAAAUGAAACCGAAGACCCGCAAUCAGCUGCACAUCGACGACACGGAGAGCUCGUUGUCCAGCAGCGAGGGCGAAGAUGAUCCCGGCGAGGAUGUGUGCGACGGAAGUGGAGCGGGCACUCAGGCCAGCUCGGUGACCACUGCCCACACAGCCCUGCCCACCGGGAACAGCAAUCGCAGCAGCAUCUGCACCAUAAGCCAGCACCCACCGGGUGCCGGUGGUGUGGCUGUGGGCACUUCAACCUCCGCCGGAGGAGCCAGUGCAUCGGAUGAAGCGAGUACAAGCCUGAGAAACGAGAACCGACAGUACACCCGCGGACGCUUCUACACACUGGAGCUGGAUUUGAGCUGCACCAAGAAUAAGUUUCCCAUCAAGGAUCGCAGCCAGGCAACACCAGCAGCCGCCACACAGGCUGUGCCCAUCCUGAAGCGUCAGGUGAGCGCAGAUGCGCAGGCAACGUCGCCCAUCGGCGGCGGCGGCGGCAGUAGUGAGUCGUCGUCGUCGUCGGCGCUGCAUUAUUCCACGGUGACCAAGAGCUUGGCGGCAUCGAUGGCCAAGCCGGUGGGCAGUCUCUAUUGCGAGAAGCGUUUGCAGAGCUCCAAAUCAGAGGCGGUUCUCGAUGAGGUGGCCAUCGCGAGAAGAGCAUCUGGUGGGGCAGGGGUGGCCAGCUGGCGGCAGAUCCUUGACACGCUCGGCGAGGAUCAACUGAAGUAGUCUAAAUCCAAUGGAAACCGCACUGCCUACUCAUACACAUCUCAUUUACCGCCCGCCCGCCUUCCUAAACCGAAACCGAAACCAAUCGGAUGAUUGUAAUAUAUCAAAUCAAAGAACAUGUAGCUACCUAGUUUUAGGCAAACACCCUACUAUAGGAACUAAGUUAUUUUCGCCUAGUUCGUUACGCCUAAUGUUAUUAUCAUAAUUAUUUUUACGAUCAUCACCUAUGCAUAGUUAUUUUUAAUGAAAUUCAUAACCUUAAGCAGAAAAGAAAACCAACAACAAACAACAAAAAUCCCAAAAAAUAUAAUAUAAUUUUCUAAUAUAUAAUAUCUAUCACAACAUGUAUUGUAUAGAAGCAAAUUGGAUGAUUACCUUAAAGCAACAAGAAACAACCACAAACCACCGCAAUUUAUUUAAUCAAUUGUACUUAAAAGUCUAAAAGAGAACCAGUGGCAGACGAAAGCAAUAAGACCACAAGAUCCUUAAACCAAGAAAUUAUCAUUAAAGUUGAAGAGAAUGCAAGAAAAGCGAAUAACGUGAAUCGAUCACAACCUAUUAAACAACCAAAAUGAAAUCAAUAAAUUGAAGAAAAAAAAUGGAAACCUCAAA